GAAUAGCUGACCUGUUCCGUCAUCCAGCUACAAGUCAAAAUGUCGGAAAAGUCGCCCCAGGAGGUCGACCACAUUGGGUCGACAUCCCCGCCAGAAGUCGACCACAUCGGGGACACCAGCGGCCGGCACAAGACUGUCGCCGUCAACAUUGUUGAAAACCCACUGAAGCGGCAUUCUCCAGAACAGACAAUCGAGAAUGCCCGCGUCUUUGCCGAGUCUAAUGGGAUGAGUGAGCACGCCGCGCUCUUCGGCCGCGCCGGCCUGGUGGCCCGCGACCCGGACCGCUUCGAAAUGGUCUCGGAGCUCGAGGAGGCAGAGCUUGCGGCACUCGUCUAUGAGAGGGACCACAAAUGGCACGGUCCCAAGAUGCUCUGGUACUCGAUCGGCCUCUGCGCGGUGGGAGCUGCCACUCAGGGAUGGGACCAGACUGGCUCCAACGGUGCGAACCUGUCUUUCCCCGAGGAGUUUGGCAUUUCCGGCAAAGGCCGGGACGAGUGGAUCGUUGGAGUCAUCAAUGCUAUCAUCUUUUUGACAGCAGGUCUCAUCGGUGCUUUUAUUGUCGACCCGCUCAACAAAUACUUCGGCCGUCGAGGCGAAAUAUUUAUCACAGCUGCAUGUCUGACCGCCACACCCAUUGGAUCCGCAUUCGCAAAGUCCUGGCAAUCACUCUUCGCCGCUCGAUUUGUUAUGGGCAUCGGUAUUGGCGCCAAGAAUGCCACCGUCCCAAUUUAUUCGGCCGAGAUGGCGCCGGCUCGCGUCCGCGGAGCUCUUGUUAUGUUCUGGCAGCUCUGGGUCGUGGCAGGUAUUUUCCUCGGGUUUGCUGCCAAUGUAAUCGUCAAAGAUACCGGUGCUAUCGCCUGGCGCCUCCAACUUGGAUCCGCCUUUAUUCCGUCUUUGAUACUCAUGAUCGGCAUUUUUUUCUGCCCCGAAUCUCCUCGGUGGCUCAUGAAAAACAAUAGGCACGCCGAGGCAUUCACAUCAAUGCUGCGGCUCAGAGCCCACCCUAUCAUCGCUGCUAGGGACUUUUACUACUCAUAUGUUAUUUAUGAGGAAGAGCUCAGGGAGGCUGCGGGCUCAACCUACUUUACCCGGCUCUGGGACUGUUUUGCAGUGCCUAGGAUUAGACGAGCCAACUACGGUGCAUCAACUGUCAUGUUGGCGCAACAAAUGUGUGGCAUAAACAUCAUCUCCUUCUACAGCUCAACAAUCUUUGAGAAUGUCGGCUAUUCCAAGACUCAAGCAUUGUAUGCGUCUCUGGGCUACGGCGCCAUCCAAGUUGUUUUCACGAUUCCCACCCUCUUCAUGAUUGAUACGAAAGGACGCCGGACCUUGACCUUGGCCACAUUUCCUCUCAUGUGCAUUUUCUUAUUGGCCGCAGGCCUAUCCCUAUUGAAGACUACGGGUAGCCCAGCGGAACGCCUGGGACCUGUUGUUCUAUUUGUUUAUCUCUUUACCAUAUGCUACUCGCUCGGGGAGGGCCCCGUAGCGUUCCAGUACUCCGCCGAGGUUUUCCCUACCAUCCAGCGUGAGCAGGGUAUGGCAUGGGCCGUUUGCAUAAACAACACAUUUGCUGGAAUUCUGAGUCUCACGUUUCCUCGGAUGCAAACAGUGAUGACGCCAACCGGUGCCUUUGGGUUCUAUGCCGGUCUCAACCUAAUCGCUUGGUUCAUGAUUUUCUGCUUCGUUCGCGAAACGAAGCAGCUCACUCUGGAGGAGAUAGACCAGGUCUUUUCCGUUCCAACAAAGAGCUUCAUCUCGUAUGAGCUCAAAGUUUGGCUUCCGUACUUUAUCAAGCGACACAUUUUCCGCCAAAAGAUUGCGAAGCCGCCCGCGAUCAUAGAGAAAGAGGCCAAGGUGGAGUCUGUUCUGCAGGCAUAAAGUGGUCAUGAACUUUUUCGCCACUCUUGGGCUGUUACCUAAGUCAAAGACAAGUUACUGGACCAAAGUUACACGAGUCUCAGGGUUUUAACCUGAGACGUGAAAGUCUACAACCAUAGACACUAGAAUAAACCUAAAUACAGAACCGGUGAUACCAGGGGUAGAGGUUAU